UCUUGCACAGAUAAAAGUUUGUGUGCUGCCAACGGAGCCAUCAAAUGCUCUCCAAAGGGCUGUGUAGGAACAUUGCAUUUGUUCCAAAAUCUUGCUUACAGACCUGGCAGUUAGAUGCUUCUGGGGUAUUCAGCAAAGAGUUUAAAAUCAAAAUUGCUUUCAGAUUCUGUCUUAAAUACAAAAGGUGAAUCUACCCUUCCUGGGACUUGUGGGGAAGGAUGGGACUGGGCAAAGCGGAGAUGAAGGAGGUGGUGGGGAGUCCUUACAGGAGGAGGGGGCAAGGGGACAAGACUUUUGACUGCCAGUCACCAGGAGUUAAGCCUCACUUGGGGGCAUUGUUCCCUUUUCAAAGAUGCUAAAAGCUCAAAAGGUUUCUGCAGGCAGUUAACCUGUGGAACUCACUGCCAAAGGAUAAGGUAAUAACCUGGUUUGUAGGAACUACAGCAACUUGGCCACUUUUAAGAUGAGUGGACUUCAACUCCCAUCAUUCCCCAAUCAUCAUGCAUCUUGUUCAUCCAUCUAAAAGCAUGCUGGUUAGGGGAUGCUGGGAGUUGAAGCCCACCUAAAGUUUCCAAUUUGAAAAACACUGAACUGGAGUGCUUUGCAGGUAGAGAUUGCAAAAUAAGCAUGCAAAGAUUUUUUAUUUUUUUUUAUUUUUUUUAAUUUGAAUUUAUAUCCUGCCCUUCUCCGAAGACUCAGGGCGGCUUACACUAUGUUAAGCAAUAGUCUUCAUCCAUUUGUAUAUUAUAUACAAAGUCAGCUUAUUGCCCCCAACAAUCUGGGUCCUCAUUUUACCUACCUUAUAAAGGAUGGAAGGCUGAGUCAACCUUGGGCCUGGUGGGAUUGAGUAGUUUAUGCACCCAGGACAAAAACUAGAUGCAUUUCAGAAAAAAAGAGCUACUUUUAUUGAAAUUGGAAGGGUUGGAGUCUAGAAAUAGGAAGAAAACAAGGCUCAAGAAAAUUUGCAGCCGUAAUUUCUGGCUUCCGAUCGACCGCUCCGGCAUCGAUCUUGCAUGGCUGGAUCUGGGAUGGAUUGCAACGGCCUGACGGGGAGAUGGAACCUUGUGCAGGCAAAGAGGCUUCCCCGGCACGCGGGAACUUAUCGCACCGCGCAUGCGCAGCCCGUGAGCCACUGCAAGUUUUUUUGAAUGAAUUUAUCGCUCAGCCGAGCCCGGGUCUCGUUUUUAUUGCAUUCUUCUGCCCUCCCCUCCCGGCAUUGCUACCUCGCGCUGCUUUUUCACCCGGGACGCCUUUUGCACCAACACCGUUUUUAUUAUUAUUUUUGCACAAUGCAAUAGAGAUCCCAGGAUGGAGCAGCAGACAAGAGAGAACGUACAGCGAGUGGGAUCAGAGGGGAUUUUGUCGUGAAACAAGGCUGUGAAAAGGCAGCCCUUCUGUUUUCACCAUGCUUUAGGGUCCUGCAAUGGCAGAAGAUGGGCCUCUGGAUAAGAAAAGACCCAGGAGAAAGUUGUCCCUCUGUAAGAGCAAUAAAAAAACUGCAAGAAAAAAUGGCAAAGAGGGGCUGUCUUCAACCCCAAGCUCUUCUUCCAUUAUGUCCCUUUUUAACAAUGCUCCCCCCGCCAGAAUUCCCUGCCCCUUGUGUGGCCAGACGAUACCAAGGUACAGAAUCAACCAGCAUAUGGACGAAGAAUGCAAAAAUAAUCAGAGCGAGGACAAGGUGAAUGUGAUUGGCUUCGCAUCGGCUGUCACCCCUGAGCCGUCAGCUGAAACUGGACCUGUGGGUUCGAGUCCGUAUUUUGCAGCUAAGCUCUCGACUCCAGAGAAGAACUGCAAAGGAGGCAAUCUGGAAACGAAAGGAGGGUCGGGAGAACAGACGAGUCCUUAUUUCAAGAAAGUUGGCAAUGUAGCCCUGCUUGAGGAUCAACCUAGAGUUGGUGUCAUUAAAAAUAUCUCCCUGGGUACCCUGUCGACCAGAUUGUCCAGGAAGUGGCGUGGUCGCAACAGGGAUGGGUUGACUCAAGUUGGACAACCUUCUCCAACUCAAGUUGGCAUCGCAGAGCAGAAGCCCAACCAGAAACCUUGGGGUGAAGAUUCCCUGAAGGAGAACCAGUUGUCCCUGUCAAGAUUCAGAUGGACAACUGGAGCUCUGAAUAAGGAGUGUGAUAUCACAAGUUUGGGACAAGAAGAUGACUCGAGAUCUCUCUGUGAUGGCCUAGAUGAUUCUGCUCUGGUAUCACUCAGCUGCAGAGAACUUGGGCUGUCAAGAAAAGGCCAUCCGCAAGUAAGUCACCCCCAGAAGAAUCAAGAUGUUCACCAAUUGGGAAUAUCUUCAGUAGUUGAGGAGGAAGGGUUGACAGCAACUUAUCCUAGAGAAGAGCCAUCCAAGCUGGAUUCCCAGAGUUUAUCCUCUAACAAGCCAGAUCCAACGCUAGAAGAAGACCAUCACCAUGAGAUGCAAAAGUUCUCCAGUUCCCCAGAAGAUGCAACGGAACGGCUUUCUAUGGAAGACGAGGCAGGGGCCAGAACUGAAGUCGAGGAUGAAGUAUGUUUGGCAACUCUGGAAAAAGCCAGUUUUCCACAUUCAAGUGGGGAUGUUGGGCCUGGUCUGGAUUCAUCUGGGCACCCCUAUUAUCUCCAAAAUUUUCUCAUGGUCCUGGAGGCUGUGCUGGAGAACGAAGAUGACCGGAGAUUGUUCAGUGAGGAAGAUUUGGAGGUCAUUGCUCGGUUCUACAAGCUUUCAGCCAGCGGACAGAAACUCUACGUUCGGCUUUUCCAGCGUAAAUUGGCCUGGAUAAAGACGAAUAAAAUAGAAUAUGCAGAGAUCAGCUCAGAUCUUUCAUCGGUUAUCCAAGAGCUUGUCGAAGCAGGAUUCCUGCAGUCUGAAGCCGAACUGCAAAACCUGUCAGAAGUCCUUGACUUACUUGCUGCCCCUGAAUUGAAAACUUUAGCAAAAGCAUUUCACUUGAAAAACCCAACUUCUCCCAAGCAGCAACUUCUGGAUGAUUUCCUCCGGUUGGCAAGACAGCGCUCCAUCUUUGGCACAUGCCAAGCUGGGAUUGGCAGUGUCAUUCUCAAGAGGGCUAAAGUUCUUGUGGGGAAAUGCAUCAAGGUUUGUCGAGAGCCCCGGGCUGUUUUUUCCCACGUACUGCUGCUCUUCUCCCUGACGGAUCCUAUGGAGGAGGAAGAAGCCGGAAGUGGCGGCCAAAGACAACUUUCUACGGUGCUCAUGGUCAACAUGGGCCGGACCGUCUUCCCCACUUACACCGUCAACAGGAAAAUGCCAAUAUUUCAAGAUCGGGAUGAUUUCCUUAGGUACGCUGCCGCUGCGCACAUCUCUCAUGACAUUUCUGUGGCAAUGACGGGCGGGAACUGGGAAGAGGCGCGCUGCCUGUACGAGGCCGCGAAAGCAUCUUGGCAGGAGCUCAAAGGACACCCUUCCCUCAGCCAUCACCGAGCCCUCCCCGAAUACCUGCGGCGUUUCACAGUGGGAUGGUUGUACACACGGAUCCUGUCGCAGGGGGUAGAGAUCCUGCAGAGGCUUCGCAUGUUCCAGGAGGCAGUGGAGCAGUUGCAAGAACUUCUGGCUCAGGAGGACUAUUGCGUGGACAGGCGAGGACAGUGGUGGGAGCGUCUAGCUCUGAACUUACACCAGCACUUGAAAGACACCGAGAAGGCUGUUGCGUCCAUCCGGAAAGGCCUCCUGGAUCCCUUCCUUCGCCCAGGCCACCAGCUGGGUCUCUCCCAGAGAGUCCAAAGGAUGAAAGACACCCCAUCCUGCCAGAAGUUCAAGCACCUUCUUCUCGAACUGCCUCUGCUUUCUGUGGAUGAUGUUACCCAUGUUACCAUCAAAGGAAAACUCUGCCCACAGACCGGGAUGGGCAAAUCCGUGUUUAUCCUGGAGAAUCAAGUGGAGGGACCGGAACUUUUGACGGUGGUCUGCUCCGUUGAGGAACUGGCCUUGGCCCACUACAAGCAAGAGGGCUUCGAUCAAGGCAUCCAUGGCGAAGGGUCCACCUUCACCACCCUCUACGGGCUCCUGAUGUGGGACAUCCUUUUCAUGGAUGGCAUCCCCGAUGUCUUCAGGAACUCAUACCAGGCUUUUCCCCUGGACCUGUUCACAAGCAGUUUUUACAAGAACCGCCAGUCAGCCGUGGAGGCAAGGUUGCAGUCGGUGCACGAGGCGUCGACGGAGACCCUCCAGCAGUGGGUGGGCGAAGUGUGGGGCGCCCAGAAGGACAAAGCGUCGGCGCUGAUCAGCUGGGACCUCUUCUCUUCCCUCCAGCAAGCCCAGCACCUGGUCUGCUGCUUAGGAGGCCCUUUCCUGAGUGGAGUUUGCCGGCGACUCUCCCAGGAUCUACGCCAUUGUAGGGGGGGCCUCCCCGAUCUUGUCGUCUGGAGGAUGGAAGACCGGCAAUUUAAGCUGGUGGAAGUCAAGGGUCCCGGCGAUCGCCUUUCGCACAAGCAGACGGUGUGGCUGGAUGAGCUGCAGAAGUUGGGCGCGUCGGUCGAAGUUUGUCACGUGGAGGCAGUCGGGUCUAAAAGUCAGCGCCUUGGAUGAAGGAAGGGGGGUUUCUCCCCCCACUCCCCCCCCCCCCCGUGGGGGUCUGGGAUCCAGUGUAAUAAAAUCUUCUGAUACGGCAAUGGGUUUCCUUUGGCGC